AUGACUAUCAACAGACAAACAGAUAAUAGCGACAGCAGUAAAAUUUCGUUUGGACAUGUGAAUAUAACGUCGAGUAGAAGUCCAUCGCCGGGCCGUCGGAGCCAAUCGCCGCGCCGCCAGCUAAGUGCGGGUGCCAAUAAGGGGAAGAUGGGCCUAUCCCUAUUUAUGAACAACCUCGCGCAUACAGCAUCCCCCAAAGCACAAAGUAACAAUGGCAGUAUAGCUAGCGGCAGCAGGAGCAAUUCGCAGAGGAAUCUGAACUGCAUACAGACAUGUGUCUCCGUCAUCGGCGCGAGGAAAUCGGGCAAGACCAGUCUUUGUCGGAGAUUCACACAGGGUACCUUCGAAGAGCUGUACGAGCCCACAUUCACAUUCGAAACAUACAACCGCACAAUCACGCUAGGCGCCGGCAAAGCAGCAACCAGUGUGGAUGUAAAGGUAUUAGACACAGCCGUGGAAAGCGUUCCACUCAAAGAGAGUCGACCCUUCCUCGAGAUGGCGGACGGGAUCAUGCUGGUGUAUUCCAUUACCAGUGUGGAGUCGGCUCAGGCGCUGGAGGGACUGUUGGAUAUCAUUUACGCCUGGAGUGGCAUAGGCGACAGAUCUGCCCUACCCAUUCUCGUGGUAGCUACACAGAGUGAUGGCAUUGCUGGCAAGCCUUUCAAACACUCAGAGACUACCCGGAAGGCCCUUAAGAUUGGUCAGCAAUUUGCCGAGUUAAACGAAUUGCCACAUUUAGAAACCACAGCACUUUCCCCUAGGGCGACCGAAGUGUUCUCCCACCUGAUUCGCCUUACUCUGACCAGGAGGUGAGCGCAACUUCAUCCAGCUACUAGCGUAAAACACAACUCACAUCAAGCAAAUAAAGCUCAAAUCAACUCAAGAAUGACCAAUCAAAGACAGAAAGCUCAGCUCAAGAAGCUCUCAUUAAGCUGAGUCGAAAAAUAUUUUAAAAGGACGCUCAAAUUAAGUUAGC